AUGGCAGAUUCCAGCUCAGCCAACUUCACCAACCCCUCCACCUUCAUCCUCCUGGGCAUGCCUGGUCUAGAGGCAGCCCAUGUCUGGAUCUCCAUCCCCUUCUGCACUAUGUACACCAUCACCAUCUUAGGGAACAUCACCAUUCUGAUCAUAGUGAAGACAGAGCCGAGCCUCCAUGAGCCCAUGUACUAUUUCCUCUCCAUGCUGGCCAUCACCGACCUGGUCCUGUCCACAUCCACCCUGCCCAAAAUGCUGAGCAUCUUCUGGUUCAAUUCCCGGGAGAUCGAUUUCAGUGCCUGCCUCACCCAGCUGUACUUCGUUCACUGCUUCUCAGCAAUUGAGUCUGGACUUUUUGUGGCCAUGGCUUUGGAUCGCUACGUGGCCAUCUGCCAUCCCCUGAGACAUUCCACCAUCCUGACAAAUGCUGUGGUGCCCAAGAUCGGCCCGGUUGCUGUGCUGCGAGGUGCCAUACUUGCAUUGCCCUAUCCCUUCCUGGCCAGGCAGUGGCCGUAUUGUAGAACCAACAUCAUCCCCUACACGCACUGCGAGCACAUGGCCGUGGUGAGCCUGGCCUGCGCCGACAUCCGUGUCAGUAGCUACUACGGCCUCUUUACACUAAUCUGUAGGAUUGGUCUCGAUGUGUUUUUUAUUGCUCUGUCCUACACCCAGAUCCUCAGGGCCAUCUUCCGACUGCCCACCAAGGAUGCCCGGCUCAAGACUUUUGGGACCUGCAGCUCCCACCUCUGUGUCAUCUUGGCCUUUUACAUCCCAACUCUCUUCUCUUCCCUCAUGGUCCGUUUUGGCCACAAUUUGCCCCUUAAUUUCCAUGUUUUCUUUGCUAACAUGUACCUCCUGCUGCCCCCCAUGCUAAACCCCGUUAUCUAUGGGGUGAGGACUCAACAGAUCCGGGCCAGGCUGCUCCAGCUACUUCCUCGUAAAGGGCCUAAGGUUUUCUCCUGA